GUGUGAGGAAGGGCGCGAGCCGUGUGUUAGUGUUCUUGAGUGCCUGCGAGUUUCUGGAGGUGGUGCAGUGUCGCUGUCUUUCCCUUCUCACUCGAGGCGUGGACUCUGCGGUUUCUCCCAAGUUGUUAGGAAAAGCUAAGUUUAGAUUGUAAGAAAAGAAAAUAGAAGCCAUGUUUCGAAGACCUGUAUUACAGGUACUUCAUCAGUUUGUAAGACAUGAGUCUGAAGUAGCAAGCAGUUUUGUUCUUGAAAGAUCUCUGAAUCGUGUGCAGUUACUUGGGCGAGUAGGUCAGGACCCGGUCCUGAGACAGGCAGAAGGGAAAAAUCCAGUAACAAUAUUUUCUCUAGCAACAAAUGAGAUGUGGCGAUCAGGGGAGAGCGAAGAAUACCAAAUGGGUGACAUCAGUCAAAAGACAACAUGGCAUAGAAUAUCAGUAUUUCGGCCAGGCCUUAGAGAUGUAGCAUAUCAGUAUGUGAAAAAGGGGUCUCGAAUUUAUGUGGAAGGAAAAAUAGACUAUGGUGAAUACAUGGAUAAAAAUAAUGUGAGGCGACAAGCAACAACAAUCAUAGCUGAUAACAUUAUAUUUCUGAGUGACCAGACAAGAGAAAAGGCAUAAAAUGGAUGAUUCUUCUUUGACCAUUGUUUGGUACAGUUCCCUUUCUGAAUCAUGUAUAGUCUUUAUAGUUUCUAAGGACAAGAAUUAAAGUGCUCUUUUGUAUAAAUGAGUGAUAAUGUUUUUCCUGUCACUGCCUCUCCCUUUUUUGUAGCAUAAACAUCAGUAGCUCCUGUCAAUUUUUGUGUGUACUGGUUGUUUUUUCUUUUAUGAGUAGUUUCAAAAUAGUGAACUUUGAGGUUCAUUUACCUGUGUUAUAACAAAAGGAUUAAUAUCCUUUGGAAGGCCUUCUGCUUUGGGGCACAUUUCUAUCACAGUAUACUGUUCAGCCACUCAGCAUAUAUUGAGUAUUCCUGUGUGUUAGGCAUUUAUCCCAUAGUUGUAAAUGUUGACUUUCUUGCCUAUUUGCUUCACACAUUUGAAAGCAAGUGCUGAAUCUUCUCUGUGUACCUCUACUUUAACCAGUAUGUAGCUCAGAAGAGCCACUCAAUAAAUGUUGACAGAUGAAUGAUCCCAGUGGGAUAUUGACCUUUAGUUCAAUUUGAAGGUGUUUGCUGAACAGUGGUUAGUGUCUAACCUAAAACUAUUUCAAAAAUAACCUAUCUUCUUCACAUCUCUUGCUUUAGAGCAGUUUAGUUGUAACAUUUAUGAGAGAUAGUUUACCAGCAGUAGAGACCUGAAUAUAACUUGAAUUGAAAUAGUUUAUCUCUAGAUGCUCUGGUUUCAUUAUUCUCUGUUUCCAAGCCCCACUUUGGUAUUCUUUUCAAAAUCUCUUCUAGAAUUCUCAAGGGGUGGGGUGAUGGUCCUUUUUUAUUUAUUUUUUAUUAGGUUCUGGGAUUGAACCCAGCACUUUGCACCUGCUAUUGGCAAGUGCUUUACCAUUGAGCUAACCUCCUGACCUGAACUUGUGAGGGGGAAGUUCCCUCAGAAGUUUCCUUAGCUUUAUCUUAGCCUUGCUUAUCCUUUCCUUAGCUUUAAGGGAGUUUCCUUAGCUUUAUCCUAGCCUUGCCCAGGACAGUAGAAGGUUACUUUUCCUCCUAUCAGCUGUCUUUCUUUCUGCAGCUGGAACCACUAAUCACAGUAUUAACUCUGAUGUCUAAGCUCACACAUUGAUCUGCUUGGUAAUAUAAUCAUCAUUCCUUUUUGCUACUAUGUUCCUUAAGCAGCAUUGAAA